UCAUUGGACCAAAAAAAAAAAAGGUUAAUGUGUCUGUUUCAUUCAUUAUCUGGAGCCGUAAAGGAUUAAUCAGAUCUGGCUUAUGCCAACUCAUAAGAUCAAACUUUAUGCCUUUGAUAUCUUUUUGUAGUAUUACUGUAGCCUAGAUACACAAAAUGUUGAGCACCAUUAAUGUGUAAUUUUUGUGAUCAGUUUUAUUAGUGUCGGAACAUAUAUUUAUUAUCGGAAAAAACUUAGUACAGUUUGAGUACACAUUCUAUUAUUGAGUACAAUGGAGAAAGGUUCCUUGAUGGACGAGGUGUUCACUACCAUUGGAUGGUGGGGGAGAUACCAGAAGACACAGUUUCUCAUGUGCAUGUUGCCAGUUUUAGCCUGUGCCUCUCACGUUCUGUCCGUGAUUUUUAUAGGUCGCGACGUGCCACACAAGUGCGCCCAUAUCGACUCUUUGAACAUCUCUGAGGAAUUACUUGUAGGGGGCGCUCCUUAUGACGUCACGGUCUCGCCAUAUAGUAACGUCACGGUGACGUACGAGGCUUGCAGCGUGGAUGUCAAAAACGGCUCGACCAUAAUCUUCACCAGUGGAUGUAUUAAUGGUCAUAACUACAGUGAAUCAAGAGAUAUGUCCAUAGUAUCUCAGUGGGACCUGGUGUGUGAAGGCGAGGCACUGUCUGACUUGUCACAGACAAUCUUAUCUCUUGGUCAGCUGUCAGGAGCUUUGAUCUGCACUAGUCUUGCUGAUAUCUAUGGAAGGAAGCCGACCUAUAUUGUAUCUCACAUCAUUUUGUUAUGUACAGCCAUAGCCCUCUCUUUUUCACCAAACUAUCUAGUCUUCAUCGGUCUCAGAUUUGUGCUGGGAUUUUCACAGCAGGGAACAGGUCUGGUGUCGAACGUCUUGCUUGUGGAGAUGUUACCAACAAAAAGGCGUGCUUUACCCUCGCAAGUUGGGAGUUACAUGUGGUCCGUUUCUUUGUUGAUCCUAUGUUUAUGUGCCUACAUCACAAAAGAUGCAGGUUGGCAGUACACGCAACUGCUGCUAGCCGGUUUGUCCGGUUACGUACUGGUUCAAUGGUGGAUUAUGGAUGAAUCUCCAAGGUGGCUCCUGGCCAACAAUAAUAUGGCCGCUGUAGAAGCAUUUGUUCAAAAAGCCUCCGCAAUGAAUAAAACAGAUCCUGACAAGGCGUUGGAUUUACUGAGAGGGAAGCAUUUGUCCAAAUGUACAGACAGCCACCAUUCUGGUGAACUAACAAUUAAUGAGGAAGACUGUAAUCAACUUGCAAACAAUGGUCUCCUGUCGGCUGGUACCGACAUGAAAACAUCAGAUGAGAACAUGCGAUUUACAGCAUUUGUCAAGAACAGGAGCGUCUUUUUGGUCACUGCAGUGUCUUGCUAUAUGUGGUUUACUGACAGUUUGACCUACUACGGUCUCAUCAUGACCUCUACGUCAUUGACAGACGACUUUUACCUGGGAUAUUUUUUCAACGUCCUAGUAGAGCUACCUGCUGCUCUAGCCUUUGGACUUCUUAUAAACAGAAUUGGUAGAAAGAAAUGUACAUCCGUAUUUCACUUGAUUGGAGGCAUGUCACUGCUGGUCUCUGUCAUUCUAAAUAACGCAUCUUUUGCUGACGAUAUUCCUGGCAAAGAAACUAUCACAUUUGUGAUUAGUUUGAUUGGAAAGUUUGGCAUAUCGGUGGCCUUUGCAGUUCUGUUUCAAUACACCCCUGAAAUUUAUCCAACUAAUUUAAGAAACACUGGGUUUGGCAUUUCUUCCAUGGCGGCGAGAAUUGGAGGAAUGGUAGCACCUUACUCUCGAACAUUUGAGCGUCACGUGCCUUGGGGUCCUGGGGCAGUAUUCACAUUUCUCUGUCUACUAGUUCCUGUAGUCGGCAGAUUUCUUCCCGAGACCCACGGCCAUGAACUUCCCCAGACUAUUGCGGAUAUGGACCAGUGGAUCAAAGCGAGCGGACGAAAGUCUAAAAAUAAACAUAUCACGGACCCUGCAGAAUCACGAUAACUCCACAAUAAACUUUAUAUUAUAAUUA